AGUGCGGGACAGGAGCAGGCUAAACAGUAACUUGGGAAAUGGAAAUGGAGGACUGCAUUUUAAUGGAACUGCAGGGUAGAACUGUUUGAGGCCUCACCUCAAGUGCUGUAUUAGUUUUGGGCCUCUCACUACAAGGAAGACAUCAGGGCCCUGACGCAUGUCCAGAGAACAUUUUAACAGUGGUAUCCUAUCCACAGUCUUGCCUGGGUCAGGCUUUCUGCUUACCUGCUGACACCCCCUCCAGGUAAAUUGUCUUUAUGUUUGCACAUACAGGUGGGUGCCUGCGUGGCUCCAUUCUGCUCAGUACCAGUCAAAAGCUGUAGCAUCACUAAAGUAGAAUGGAAAGAUUAGUCCUGUAUUCUUUUUUUGUGGCUUAGAGCCAAAUCCCCCCUCUUUGGACAACCAGCUGGUGCUGGCCAUACAUGCAGUUAUAGCAUGCUCGGUGAUGGUUGCAAUAGCCUUGUUGUGCAGCAGGGAAGAGUGCGUUUAGAGCAAUGACUUUAGAAAGCGGUAGGAGGUGGGAGACACCAUGCCAGGUUCUGUUGCUUGCUUCAGUGGCUGCUGUUAUCUACUGUUAUUUUUUUUUUUCCCAAAUGUGACUUUGAGUUUAAAAAAAAAAAAAAAAAAACACAGAGAAAAGCAUUGGGAAUUUCUGAUUUAUUAACAGCUUGUUAAAGUAGUAAAUCAGUAAUUGAUGCUCUUAAAUGUUAAUCUUGUGUUUUCUGUUUAAUGACUGUUAGCUGGGUUUCUUGAAGGCCUCAUUAACCAAGCAUCUGGUACAUAGAUGCAGUUCUGAAGGUCUUAAAGGCUUCCUUCAAUACCAAGUCAUGGCAGGGAAUGUGUUAACAUAUCCAGAUAAUUAGUGCAAGGCCAGUUCCUUGCCAUUCCUGCUGUUCUGCAGAACUGGAAGGACUGAUUGGUUACCUGAGUAAAGGACUGCAGGAUAGAGGUGCCUCCUUUGAGGCAAGGGGACUCACACACUGUUUUCUCAUUCUUCAGUACAAUGCUCUGCUGAUCAUUCAUGCAGGCUAGUAGGCUCCUCUGUCGUAACCCAGGGGUGAUCUCAGCACAUACAAUUACCUGUUUCCUUCAGAUGUGUCAAAAUCUGUGCUUUUAAUUACACUUCCCUCAGAUCUCAGACAUAUGUGGUGCUCAAGGAGCUUUUCUGGAGCCCACACCAACUCAUCACAUGCCACCCACAUGGCAAAGGUGGGACUGUGUUGGCUAAACUGGAGGAAUGUAAGGUCAGUAUUAGUCUCUGCUCUUUGUAUGUCUCUCCCUUACACUCCUAUGGAACUCGUUAGCUGCCUCUUUUGCCUAGCUCUCUUUUGUCAAUGGAAGGGGCUGGGGGGCAAUCCAAGUCCCUGGGAGUCACCUGGCACCCAAAAUGGCACUCACAUUGCCCUGAACCAUCAGGUCUGUGGGACCCUGAGCAGAGGCAGGCCGUGGGCUGUUUGUGUGCCUUCUGCACGCUCACAUUCACAGAGCUCUCUGCCACCUUUUCCUUGGAAGUUGAGCAACUAAUUACCUCCAUCCAGUUGUUAUCUAAUCAGUCCUGACAUUCCUCUUGCUCUUUUCUUCGAUGUAUAAUUUUGGGGGGAUAGUGACAGAUCACUUUCACAUCCCAAGGAUUAUUUGACCCAAAAUUAAUUAAAAGUACUUUCAACUCUAGCUUCAUUAUAGCAGUUUUCAGGAAGGUUUUAACAAUCUACACACACUAAUGAUCAUUUCACUGAUGAUCUCAUUUACUACAGGAUCUCCCUUCAGAACACCACUGUGGACUGACGAGAACAGCUUUUAAUCAGGGUGGUUCAUUAGCAAUAGCAAUCAGUUGGGCAAGUAGCAUGGUCACUGCUCUACUUCUUGAUGCUUGUGCUCAUUAGCAGGGAUGUACAGAGCAGAGAAGAGGCCUUUUUUCUAAAAGUCACUAAAGACAAAUACUUGGGAAUCAUAGAAUCACAGGGGUUGAAAGGAACCUUAAGAGAUAUCAAGUCCAACCCCCUGCCAAAGGAGGUACCCUACAGUAGGUCACACAGGUAGGCGUCCAGAUGGGUCCUGAAUAUCUCCAUAAAAGGAGACUCCACAACCUCUCUGGGCAGCCUGUUCCAGUCUUCCAUCAUUCUUACUGUAGAGAAGUUCUUCUGCAUGUUUGUAUGGAACUCCCUAUGUUCAAGUUUUUAGGCCAUUACUCCUUGUCCUAUCGCUACACACCACUGAAUGUAAUUUCAUGCUUUGGAUAGAUUUUUGUUUUUUUAAAUCUGAAUAUUAUUUGGGGAAUGGGAUGUGUAAGUAUGCCUCAUGAGUAUAUGAGAGUUUGAUGGAGACCGAAGGAACUUUUGUGAACCUAAGAACAGGUCUGCUGGGAAGUGGCAGGAUACUGGCUGGAAGUAUUCAGCCUGGCUGGUGGGGAAAUUCGAUUUCUCCAGGAGAGCAGGGCUUUGCUUGAUCUUGUUGACAAAUAAUAACCUGACAACAAGUUCAUCUGAUGCUGUUCCCUGUUUCUUCUCACAACGAGAAUAGCCUGAGCACAUCUGUCAAAAAAACAUUACAAAUAAGAAGGCUGGGAAACAAGAUCAAUCCAAAAGCCUAAUAGAGCUCUGUUUUAUUCAGUAAUGAAAAAACAAGCCUUGCUUCUAACGUUCAUUAAAGAAACAGUAUAGAGACUGGAGUUCUUGAGAUGAGGAUCUGGGCUGCCAUUAAUUGAUUGUAGGUUCAUAGAAUCAUUAAGGCUGGAAAAGACCUACCUCUAAGAUCAUUAAGUCCAACUGUUAGCCCACCCCCACCAUUCCCACUAACCAUGUCCCUCAGUGCCACACCCACACAGUUCUUGAACGCCUCCAGGGUCAGUGACUCCACCACCUCCAUGGGCAGCCUGUUCCGGUAACGGUUGGCAUUAAAAAAACCCUUUUAUUUUUUCAACCAAAAAUUACUCCUGCAGGUGAUAUUUCAACCUGCUCUGAACUUUCAUGGUGAGAGCACAGACUGAGUGUGCCUGGAGGAGGAAAAAGGGAAUCCAGAUGUCACUAGAAAUUUUCUCAUGUUAUAAGGAAUUAACUGGACCUAAAUACCCAAUGGAGCUGCCAUACAAUCUGUUUAAACCGAAGCUGCACUCGGCUGAGGCUGGUUUGUUUUUUUUGUUGUUUGUUUUUUUUUUACCCCAGGCACUAUGAAAUGAGAAGAUUAAAGUAAAAGCUUCUGUUGCUGAGCUGUAUAUAAAACGAAAAGCACUUUCCAAACGAGUCUCACGUCACAUCAGCUACUUUGGAAGAUUCAUGUAGGCCUUCUGUUCUGGUAGCGGCCCCUGAUUGCCUCCUUCUGGCUCCACAGAAGCAGCGGAUGUGGUGAAUGAGGGAGCUCAGCCCGCUCCUUCCUGCACUGUGUGGUGACCGGCCAGUGCAGCCCGUCCCUCUGGUUAAUCCAGAAACAGUGUUCUUUUUAUAUCCUUUCCUUCCAUGGCUUUGCGAGAGGCCUGCCAACCGCAAGCAUUUUGUCCAGCUGCCAGAAACCGCACGGCACUGCCAAGCUGCUCACAAUGAGCUCCACAGACCCCACUCUCCAGCGGUACCUUGGUCAGUGCUACGAAAACCUGAAAGCCUUUGCAACAGGGCAGUCUGGUUAGCUUACAGACUGCUUUUUCUGUGACCUCCAGUGCUAUUUCAGUAACUUGUUUUCUACUCAACGUGCUCAAAAGCUUUUUCUCUCUGAACGCCCAGCCUGCGCGUUGAUGCUGAGAGGGGACUGUAAGAAGGCAGAGUGCUGCAGAAGACUGCUGACUUACAGGCAUGGCCAACCCUCUGCCCGUGGGCUGCGUUUGAGAGCAGGUUUCAAGAUAGCUGAAAAAAGGUGAUCAGUUUUUUGGUAUAUUUGUAAUUCUAUUUUCAGUUGUGAAUUUUCAAAUGGAAUGUAUCAAGUUGCAAUCAGACAUUCAACUCAAGAAAUAUGCGAUCGUAUCUCUUUACCAGACAUCCAUAAGCCCUCUCUUACGAAAGAGGAAUACCCCUCACUUCACAGUCUCACCUUAUUCACAUUACCUUUUUUUGGCAGUACAUACAUUUGUGAACAACCAUUUUCAAGGAUGAAGCACAUUAGCUAUAUUAUAUACUUUAUGGAGAGUGCUCCAAAAGCAAUGCCUCCAAUGUUCUGAUACUUACCCACAGUGCCAAAGGCAGAUGUUGGUCAUAUGGCAGAAGAGGCUGAACCUUCUCACCAGUAUCCCAUUAUGUUUUGUUGCUGUGUGGCAGAUGGCAUCAGAGGGGCAGUCUGACACAAUGGCAUCCAACGUGAAAGUGCUCGUGAAGGUGUGUCACUGAAUUCCUCCAUGCAGAAAAUAUGGCACCCACUGACAUUUGUUGACACUUUCUGAACGCUGAUGGAGACCAAACAGUGGGUGUGAGCACAGUGAGGCAACAAGUGAUGUAUUUCAGCAGUGGUGACAGAGGCUCACCUCUGGUAUAGAUGUUUACGAGCGCAGCAUGCAGCUGUUGUUCAUUGCUGGCAAAAAUGCAGAGCUAACAGUAGUGACUAUGAUGAAAAACAAUGUUUUGUAGCUGAGAAUUUGCUCUAUCGAAUAAUGUUAUUUUUCUCCUUGUAUCUGUUAUAGUUUCCAUGGAGAUAAAUAAGUGCCAUUACUUCCAGACCAGUCUACAUAUAUGUGGCCCAAGACAAUUCUUCUUCACUCAGUGCAGUCCAGACAAACCAAAAGGUUGAACACCCAUGGCUCUCACUAGGAAAUGAGAUGGUUCAUCCAGGCUGCUUCUCCCCUCCCAAAUACACUUUUCUGCCCUUCUCUUCCCCAGCAGCUACUCAAGUUACCAAAGCUGUGAUGCUGAAAGCCAUGCCUAGACCUGCUAUGCAGAACUUCUGAGGAAUGGUAUUUCCAAACACCUCCUAGGGAGCCAACACCACAGAUCACUAGGUUUCACUCUGGUUAUGAUCACUGAUCUUGCUGAUGCUCCGUCCAUUGGUGUAAAUUGGGCAAUUCCCCUCCCUUGCUUCAGAGAGCAUAUGUCGAAUAGCUGUAGAGCAAUCUUCAAUUGCUGCACCCCUGGUCUCCUGCAGGACCCCAGUGAGACGUUGGGACCCAGGCAGUGAGGAGAGUAGGCAUCACCUGCACUGCCCUGAGCCUCGCACGUUGUCCAGAGCUCACAGGCUUCGCUUGUUGCUCUGCCACACAGGAUAGAUAUGAUUCACUGUUAUUCUUCUCAGGUUUUUAUCUUCCAGCUCCAUAAAAAUGUCAGACACAAAACAGAGGAGCUUUUCAGCUUGCUAAAGGCUGAAUGGAUUUUAUUUUCCAUCUGUAAAUGAUAUAUUUGUCCUAUUAUAAUCUAGUUUGGGAAUCUGCCAUUGGAUUCAGCAAGGCCAGAAUUCUGGUCUAUAUUUAAACAUUGUUGAAGGAUUUCAACACACAAAGUGAUUUCUCUUUAGCAGGAGAGCUAACUAAAUGAAGUAAAUCAAUGCAAUAAAACAAUAUCUACCACACAAAACAGUUCCGUACUACCAGAAAUGCUUUAUGACUGCUUUAUAAUGCUUUAUAACUGACUGCUACAUACACCCUCGCUCCGUUAGGCUGGUUGAGAUCUGCAGAAAUUGGAUUAUUCUCUAUAAAGUGGUGUCAGUUUUGAAGUCACUUCUGUAACUUCUCCCUGUGUUUCCUGAAAGACCACAGUAAUGCCUGUGUGCAGCUCUCAGGGUAUUUCCUGAUUCUUGCUCUAUUACUCUUAACUACAUUCAUUUCAAUAUAGCUAUAUUCAUUUCAAUGCGUUUAUCUUUCGUAUGUGCACAUUUCUAUGAAAUGAAACUUGUAAAUCAAAACAUUUUGCAGAAAUCAUUAUUUUCAUAAGGAUUUGGUUUUUUUUCCUGGGGAAAAAGCAAAUGUUCUCAAUACAAAACAGAGAGUGGGUCAGGAUGCUUACUGGAAAUGCUGUCUAGAUAAUGUUAAUAUUGAACGAGUCACCUUUUAUCAAGUCAGGCAUUACCAUUAUUCAAGUACUGCUGAAAUAAAGCAAAGCACGUGACAGUUCUACGCAAUCUGCAAAAUAAUAAUGACAAAUAGGCACUACCCUUCUCUGAACUGAAAGAUGUGAGCUCAUCAAAUCAAGUGUGCAUAUGCAGAUCAUUUUGGCAGCUGAUCUUUCAGCUGUACUGUAAGCUGAUAUCAAACACUGUAUCCUGUUCUCAUCAGUUCAAAUUCAGCCCUGGUAAGUGAUAAACAGUAAGAAAGGUAACAGUGCUUCUCUGAUUAAAAGACAUAUAUCAGCAGAGAUAACUUACUUUUAAAGAUGGGGAAAACGUAAAAUCAAAUUACCUUUUCAGAAAUAUCUCCAAAUGUCUGAUUUUUGUUUUCUAGAGAGAAAUUCUCCAGGCCUUAAUCACAAACCUCUGCACAAGCAUCAAUAACCACAGCUGCACACAAAAGCACAGCUGUGGUGGUGCUCCCAUGUAACUGAGGGGUGUCAGUGGAACAUGGUUGAAACAGCAGCCAGGACUGAAUGAUCAGGCACAGGGUUGUUCAUAUCAGUAACUGUGACAAUUCCAUUAAGUAUGAGAAUGAGUUCUUCUCUGAUACCCUUUCCCAUUCUUACAGUGCUCAACAAGGUGAAGUGGAAGGUGUACACAUGUCAGAUGGCUCCCAGAAGUCUCCCACACUGCUAUAUGAAUUCUUACACUCAGAAGCAACAUCUGAGGAAAUGAGCUUGGGAAACCUGAGAAAGGAAUGAAGGAGUCAUUAGUUUUGCCCAUCUGGCAGCAGAACAGCUGGUCCUGCUGAGUCUGGAGAUUCCUUCCUGAUGUCUCUCCUGCUCAGUGUUACGCAGCUCAGCAGAAUCUUGAGGACAGUUAUUCUGAGUGACGGCCCUUGCACACGCUUCUGAGUGGUUAUCAUGGGCUUCAUUGCCUUUCUGAAGACCCAGUUCAUUGUUCACCUCCUCAUUGGGUUCGUCUUUGUUGUGAGUGGACUGAUCAUUAACUUCAUUCAACUAUGCACACUAGUCCUCUGGCCCAUAAACAAGCAGUUUUAUCGCCGAGUAAACUGUCGCCUUGCCUAUUCACUUUGGAGCCAGUUAGUAAUGCUGCUGGAAUGGUGGUCGGGCACAGAGUGCACCUUGUUCUCCGACGAGGCUACAGUGAAUACCUUUGGGAAAGAGCAUGUCAUCAUCAUCUUGAAUCACAACUUUGAAAUUGACUUCUUGUGUGGCUGGACUAUGACGGAGCGCUUUGGAGUGCUGGGGAGUUCCAAAGUUCUUGCUAAGAAAGAGCUACUGUAUGUGCCCCUAAUUGGCUGGACAUGGUACUUCCUCGAGAUUGUUUUCUGCAAAAGGAAAUGGGAAGAAGACAGAGAUACAGUUAUUGAGGGAUUAAAACGUUUGGCUGACUAUCCUGAAUACAUGUGGUUUCUCCUGUAUUGUGAAGGAACUCGUUUUACAGAGACCAAGCAUCGUAUCAGUAUGGAGGUAGCUGAAUCCAAGGGGCUGCCCAAACUGAAGUACCACCUGUUGCCCAGAACCAAAGGUUUCACCACUGCUGUCCAGUGUCUCAGGGGAACAGUUUCAGCAGUGUAUGAUGUAACACUAAAUUUCAGAGGAAACAAGAACCCGUCUUUAUUAGGAAUUCUCUAUGGAAAGAAAUAUGAAGCAGAUAUGUGUGUAAGGAGAUUUCCUCUGGAAGAUAUCCCUCAAGAUGAAAAGGAAGCUGCAAACUGGCUUCAUAAGCUUUACCAAGAAAAGGAUGCUUUGCAAGAGAUGUAUAAUCAAGAAGGCACGUUUCCUGGCCAGCAGUUUAAACCACCUAGGAGACCAUGGACUCUCGUAAACUUUCUUUUCUGGGCCACAGUUCUUCUCUCCCCUCUCUUCACAUUUGGCUUUGGAGUUUUUGCAAGUGGAUCACCUCUCCUUAUCCUUGCAUUCCUGGGAUUUGUCGGAGCAGCUUCCUUUGGAGUUCGUAGACUGAUAGGAGUAACUGAAAUAGAAAAAGGCUCCAGCUAUGGCAACCAAGAAUUCAAGAAAAAGGAAUAACUGACAGCUGCAGUUCAGCACAUAUAACCAGACUAUGGUAUCCGAUUAACUUCAGUUAAAAACAAAAAACAAAAAACAAAAACAAUAAACAUUUAGAAACUAUCUUUUUCUUAAUAACUGAUGACUAAUAUUAAUGAAUAAAACUUGAGCCAAGAAUGAAGAAUUUGGAGGAAUCACCUGAAGAGAAUGCAUCGACUUUCUGCCUGUUUAAGGAUUACUGUAGUCAAACUAUGGGAGAAAAUCAGGGUGGGGGGAGGAAGAAUCUAAAUUUUCUUGCUUUGUUGGGGAUUUGGGGGUAGGGGGAGAAAAGAUGUCAUUGAAUGUGGGCUGUGUGCAUCUUCAGAUGACUGAAUACACUGGUUUCUGUCAAGAGCACUACAUUCACUUUUACAAGAGGAGACACAGAACGUUUCCUCUUGCUAAAGCCAACAGCAUUUGUUGAUUUUCAACUUUUUUAAUUAACGAUCCAGGAAAAAACAACCAUUCUUGAGUUAAUUGACGUGUUCACUGGGUUAGUCAUUUUGGAAAGGUUGUGUUGUCAUGGCUACAGAUUAGAUCCUAUUUGUAUGUUACGCUGAUACUUCUUAUUUUCAGGCAACUUCUUCUGUAACGUCAGAGAAUGGAUAGCGGAGUUUCGAAGCAUUGCGUUACUGAUUGGUACAUACCAUAGAACAGAUCCACUAGUAUUUAACCAGUAUAGAUUUCUCAUCAUAUCUCCUGCCAACUGCUCAAGGCUGUUUAAUCACAAAAUAUUACUUCAGUCUUGAGUGUUAUUUGCCCUGUUGCACAACAUACACAUAUGUAAUUUUGAAUUUGCUCGAGUUCGGUUUGCUUUCUGAAUUUUGACCAUGGGAUUUGGAGUUGUGCAAAGAAGGAAAUCUGUUCAAUUGUCCUGAUGUUUUCUCCUUCUAUUUCUGUUGAUGUCUGUCAUCACCUAAGUCCAAUCAACGUCUCUUAGUAAAAAGGGAGAUAAUAGCAGAAAUGAGCACAAUAGUUUUCAUAAUGUUGUCCUUUACAAGAAUUCUGAAAGGAAAGGUCUGUAGCGAUCAGAUUCCAAAUACUGGCAUCUCUUGAACUUGUAAUGGGAGUUUUGGUGUUGAUACAGAUGAAAGCAGGAUCGUACUCUGUGUAACAGUAGAGCGUGCUGCACUUUCUACUUGGUUGUGCUAUAGAUAUUAAUGUGAAGAAUAUUACAAGGUGACUUGUUGCUGUUAAGCAUUAGAAUGAGUAUGGGGUCUCUUCAGGGAUAUUAAAAACCUUUAGUUUUGCUUGUCGACCUUUAGAUUUUUCCACUGAAAAUAGAGAUCAGAAUCAUGGCUGUACCUGUCUUUUUUUUUUCUCCCCUCUAAAUGCACAUUCUGAGAUUUUUACAGAUUGCUGCUGUAUGCACAACUACAGAAUGAUUUGCAGAUAGAUGGGAGUUACCUAUAUUUAAGUCUGAUGGCCAAAAUCUGCAUUUAGCUAUAAUCAGAAAUGAGUUGCAGAUCCAUAGCUGGGGGCAGAAACUGACCCUUGAGAUCUGUCAGUUUAACCCAGCUGCCACUAGAAUAUUUAUCUCACUUCUGUAAACAGCAGAUCUUAUCAGAGCACUGAUAGUUAUUUUUCGUCUUUGCCCUAGUAACAAAGAUAAAAGAGUAAUAAUUUACCUUCUUUUCAUAUUUGUUCUGUUGGAUUGUAACCUCUUCUCCUACAUGUUUUUCUGUUUUCAAAGGCUAGAAGAGGAAUUUUGUAACUUGGAAGAAUAUUUUACUGAGGGUCAUCAAUCACUGUUGUCAUGCACUUGAUUUUUACUAGUGAUUUUUCCAACAAGAGGAUUUGAAGGAUGACCUGUGUUGUCUGUCUCUGCUUAGACUUAUCCUCAUUGAAUCACUGUACCCAUAGCCUCAGCAUUAGUACGUUAACUUUCUACCCCAAAAAAUCUUCUCUAAGAUAGAGGAUAAGCAACUGUUGUUGGUGAAAUUUGGAAUACUCUUUAGGAAUUGAGAACAGAUCCUAGCCAUGACUCUGUUUCCCUUAUCAAAUGCUUUCACACUUAAAGAUGGUUAGGAUUCCAAAUGCUGAUUAAGAUAACUCUCUAAUUUUUCACUUUUUAAACCAGAAGACUAAAACCAGUGGGCUUUUCUUUCUUUUCUUUCCCUUUCCCUUUUCUUUUCCCAUAAGUAAUUAAUUAAUGGAUAUACUGGGUAUAAUUCUUGUUUCUUAGAAAGGUGUUUCAAAUGCUGUAUACUUGCUUCCUGAAGAUGAUAUGGAGUAUAAGUAAACUGUACUGGCAAAGUGAGGCUUGCAAAGCAGGCUGAUCACUAUGUUUUAUACUUAGAUUUUGAGCAGUAUAUUAAUGGGGCAUGACAAGAUUUUCACAAAAUAAAUCCCUUCUUAGUGUUGAGAAGAGGGGAAGUGUUUAAAGGAGAAAGGAAUUAAUAGCCUUUCUCUUUACGGGAUACUCUUCUCCUCUCAGUGCAUGCAACUUCCUACUAGGAAUCAUGGGACUAAUGCAUGUACAUCAAGGGGAGAAUAACCCACAUUUCUUAUUUUCUUUUAACUUAUUGGUCAUGCUUUCUUUUUGAAAAUAUGAUACAUGCAUCAUCAUUUAAUUAAUUUGCUCUUCUAAGCAAACAUAUCAGCAACCAUUUGGAAAACUGAAAUAUACAGCAGUGCACAAAACAGUACAAAACCAACACAAAGCUCUUCAUUUUGAAUUUUGCCUCUUAAAAUAGGGGUUUUUAUAUACACACGCACGCACACAUACGCAGUAUGUAUAAAUUAAAAUAACUUGAAAUAGCUGAAGUUAAUGUCACUGACGAAGAUUAGCAAGUGGCUUGGAUUGGGAAAGUGAGCGUAGAUUUUAUAUCUUACACAAUUUUCUUCUGGUUUAAUAGAACGUAGCUUGUAUAUUUGACUACCAAGCCCUUUAAGAGCAAUAAUAAACAAAAAUAUAUCAUGUUUUUUGUCUUUUGCUUUUCAACAUGCUGUAUAAGUUUAAUAAACAUAAAGCUGUAGGAGCAUUUUCUCUCUCCACCUUUCAAAACAUUCAUUUAUUGCUUGAUUAGAUUAAAUACCAUGUCCUUCAGUAUGGACUUGCAAGCUGACUCAUGGAGUUCAGCACUGGCUCUGAAGAUGACUGAAAUGGGCCAUGGCAGCGCUGAGCAUUGUAAUGAAGAACAACGAUAUUGCCCUCAAAGUGGGAUUUGCAGUUCCAACGUGGCAUCGUGUUGACCUACGUCUGAGAAGCUAGGGGGAGAGCUCUGAGACUGCUGGUGUGGUGACGUCUUUGAGGAAGGCACAAAAAGCUGAUGCUGAAGAACUGCUUGUGAUAUGUUUGGAUAACUGGUAUCCAGACGUCUUGGCUCAACAGGGAUUACAGUUCUCUGUUGUGGGCUGAAUGUGCUCUUGCAAUUGACUUAGUGCUACUGAGCAAAACAUUUGUCUCCGGCACGAACAGCAUUGGCAACGUUCCUUUGUUCUGCUUUAACAUAUCUUGAAGGGCUCUAUACUUAAUUGCUGACCAAUGAAUAUGACACUACCUUUGUCCUAAUUGACUAGUAUUCACAGAAAAAAAAAGUGAAUGUGUCUGCUCACUUCCAUGUGAUACCUACCACUUGUCACCACCUACUGAUGUCUGUAUAUUUGCUUGUCUGUGUUUUCCGCAGAUGGUUCGUUUACAACCUGGCUGGAACUUGGAGUUUUCCAGUUUGAACAGUCCUACUGUAAUCACCUCGCAUAGCUGGGGCUUUGUCUUCCUGCAUUUUGUCACUGGUUGAUGUGCCCAGUAGGUCUGAAGGUUGUGUUUAAGUCUUACUGAAAAUGCAGCUUUGCUGGUUCUGAGCAAAACAUUGUUAGGGAGUGUAAGUUCUUCCCAGGCCUGCUGCACAUAGGCACUCAUUACCUCUACAGAUCUCCUCUGGCAUUGAUGAAACCAGUAAAAGGGAAGCUGGCACAAGCUCUUCAAUAAUAGUUGGAGCAACAAGCAAGUGGGGGUCAAUGUACAGCUGAUAAUUGCUAAAGGUAAUACUUGUUCUUAGGACUACCCCAAAAAUCUGUAUUUGCUUCAUAUGCAUUUUGAUUACAUAAAUGUAAGGAUGGAAGCUUUUUUUAAUGCCGAGUUCACACUGUGCAGAGUGUUUCAGAUUGAAGAUGGACAAUAAUUUAUUUUGGCAUCUUGGAGAAGUAUAUGUAGGUGAGCGUAAGGCCAACAUUGGACAGGCUUCGCCCAGCUGUGUUUCAGUGGGAUGCCACAGAUAAAUGCAGAUGCAAGUGAAAAGUCCAUUUCCAGUUUCCUUUUUGAACAUUGGAUGCAUGGGAGUAGCUCAUAUCAUCUCCUGGAUGUCCACGCACUUAUGUCACUUGGUAUGAAGUUUGUUGUGCACAGCAGUCCCAGCUGCACAAUCCUGGCUUAAGUCUGUGAAGAGAAGUCGGUCCUCUUCAUGGUAAGACUGGAUUUGAACCUCAACACAGUUUAUCACAGCUGCUCUUUUCCCCAUUUCUGAACGUUUUGGUCCAUACUGGGCUGCUCCAGAGCUGCCAGUUCUGAAUGAGUGUGAUGCAGGGAUUUGAAGCAGCUAACAUUAGUGCUGAGCUGCAGUACACACAGCUGAACAGAGGGGCAUGCACAGGUACAGCUAAAUUCCUGCCCCCAAGAAAUGGAAAGAUUGCCAGGAGCUCUGUAAAGCAGAGAUGAGCAUAUAUAUGGGCAGCAAAUUCUGAUCCCUAACACAAAAGUGAAACCUCUCUGUGACAACUUACACGGUAACCCUCACUUAUUCCCAUGUGACUGAAGUCAGAAUUGGUCUUCAAGGGACUAUCUCCUCAUUACAGAUGGCAACUUUUGUUUUGCCACGCUUCCCCCCACUUAUUUUGAAGAAUAGUUCAUCUGUUCGUCUCAGCAAUCUCUGCACCAAGAUACCCACAGAUUUUUUUAACUGCUAUGAUUUUGAGGGAAAACUCUGGAAACUAGUUUUACCAGUUCUGCCUCCAGUUGCUAGCAACCAGAAAAUGACAUGGAAAUACUUCACGCUUUGGAGUUGGGAAGACAUUGGGUUGGCAUCCAAAAGCCAAAUGUGUCAUGUUUCCUUUUAUCCUUGACCUCUCUAGGUUUUUGGAGAACUACCUGGAUUUCUUUAAAUGUUACCCCCAUGGUUAGAAGCUACUCUGCAGUUUUUGAGACUCAGAAGAAGGUUAAUUUGUUCAUUUUCACUUUUGAGAGUACUUGAGUGUAGCUGAUUAUCUCUUCAAUGCUUUACAAACUCCAUUAGCAAGAGAAGCGUUCUAUCUUUUUUUAAGAGGAAAUGUAUUUUAAAAAUAGAAACUUUAACAGAAACUGGAACGUAAUGGUAGUUUUCAAAUCUAAAUAGAAAGUAUUCUUUAGUAUGGGGACUGCUAGCACCGAUUUUCAGUCUUAUAUGAGGUUUUGGGUUAUAUUUUUGUUUUUCGCCAAGGUCUAUUUUCAAGGAAAACAUAUUUAGUUUCAUCACCGUCUAAUUUGGGAAGAGUGGCAGAGUGGGCAGCACAAGCUAAUCAGGAAUGCAAUUUUUUCCCAAGGCAUCAGAUAGACCUCCUUUAUUGUGUGCAUUUGCAUCUGUGCACAGAGACAAGCUGUACCCAUUUGCAUUAUUUUGCUUCAGCUUUGUCAGAAAUGUACGCUGUGACAAUGGAAUGCUGCUUGCCUGAAAGCCAGCAAGCUGUGUAAAUUGGCAUGUUACUCACUUAUAAAGAUCACCAGCAAGUACUCGAGCUUUAAUGAAAAUCUCUUUGAGGAAACUAACCCUCCUUAGCCUUGAUUGAUUGUUACAAACUCAUAACUGGGAGGGAAGUGUAAGUACCGGAUGAUCAUUAUCAACCAAAUCUAAUGAGUAAUAAAACCGUAUACAGGGUACACAUUUACUGUGCAUGUGUAUAUAUUUUUGUACGUUUCUACAGUUAUUUCCUACACUUGUUUUUUUGUUUGUUUUGGUUUUUUUUUUCGGUGUUUGGAAGCAUCAGAAUCUGCUUGAAAAGCAAACAAACAAACCACCCUCACUCUGUCACUCGCUGUAGUUUCGAAAGAGAACUGUGCCCAAACAAAUACACGGAUUUACAGUGCUAUGCAAAUUUCAUUUUGUAAGUUGUCUCUUAAAUCUUGUUUAAGGGGUUCAUUUUACUGUUUUUACUGAGCUUUCAGGAAAAAAAAAAAAGGAUUAAUGCAAAAGAUUCAUCUUGUAAAAUAAAAUAGCUUUGGCUGUGUGAAAGUA